AUGCAUCUGCUUUUACUUCAAUUGCUUGUGCUCCUGCCUCUGGGGAAGGCUGGCUGGCGCCUGGAUGACCGUGGAAGUCACAGUUCUCUUUCCCUCCUGCUCCUAGAAAGGAGCCGCCGAGAACUCUCCACCAGCAACCAAGAGGAAGCUGAGGACAAGCCGGAUCUGUUUGUUGCAGUGCCACACCUGAUAGGCACCAGCCUGGCAGUGGAAGACCAGAGGCAGAAAGAGAAGAUGCUGUCCAUGUUUGGCAGGAUCUGGAAGAAGUCUGAGAGAGAACUGUACCCUCUUGGGGACUUAGAAAAUGAGUACUCCCCACCUGGGACCCAGGCCCUCCCUCAGCCAAUGGAAAGGAAGAAAAUAGAGAAGUCUCCUCUUCGAGAAGAAGCCAAGAAAUUCUGGCACCACUUCAUGUUCAGAAAAGGUCCAGCCUCUCAAGGGGUCAUCUUGCCCAUCAAAAGCCAUGAAGUACAUUGGGAGACCUGUAGGACAGUGCCCUUCAGCCAGACCAUCACCCAUGAAGACUGUGAAAAAGUCGUUGUUCAGAAUAACCUUUGCUUUGGGAAGUGCGGGUCUGUUCAUUUUCCUGGAGUGACGCCGCACCCCCAUACCUUCUGCUCCCACUGCUCACCUGCUAAGUUCACCACAGUGCACUUGCAGCUGAACUGCACUGGCCUUGCUCCCGUGAUCAAGGUAGUGAUGCAGGUGGAGGAGUGCCAGUGUGCRGUGACGACAGAGCAUGGAGACGGACACCCCCUUCAGGCUGGCUCCCAGGAUUCAUUUAUCCCAGAGGUUUCAACUUAA